AUGUCGGGCAAACUUCCACCUAAACACGACCCUGAACGUACGAAAGCCGAACAGGAGGCAUUACAAACUGCGGAGAAGGCUACAAAAAUUGCCGGAGCAUUUGGUGAGGGAAAGCUACCGACCACAGAACAGAUUGUCACCAGCAUCGAAUCACUCCAAGAUUCCGAUGCCAUCCACGCCACGGCCCGUGGAAUGUCUCCAUUGGGUAAAAAGGUAUUCGCCGACACCGAAAAAUUCUUGGAGAGCACCAAGGAUCUUUUGGUCGAGAAGAAUGCGGGUGACGAGUUGCAGAACGUGAUCUAUUAUGGUAGCAGGGCUGCACGAGAUAUUGGUGACCAAACCUCCAGUAUUCCCGAAGAUCUUAAAAAAAAAUAUGAAAAUAAAUCCGGCGAGGUGCAAUCGUUGGCCAAGGAAGCAUGGCAAAAAGCUUUGAUGAUUCCACAACUCAUGAUAUCAAGCUCCGAAUUUCGUAAACUGAUCAAUGAAAUCAACAUAGUCAUACAAGAGGCCAUCGCCACCACUGAUUCCGGUCAAGAGACAGCUGAUCCCGAGGCCGAGGAAACCUUGAAAGGGGUGGCUCAAAAGACAUCGACCCGAGCACGCGAGAGCGCUUAUCCUUUGGCAAAGAAAGCGGCCGGUACUGUCGAUCCGAUCAUCCGAGAGUUUAGCGAAGGCAAGAAGUCCUUCCAUGAUGCUGCCACGGAAGGCGCAAAGUCUCUGGCCACAAACGUUAAGGAGAGGGUCACUUCUUAUCAUCUCUCCCCUGAGCAACGUGAGAGAAUAACCGCAAGAUUUAAGAAUGUCAUGAAGGAAGCACAACGACGUCCAGAAUAUCAAGAGGCUCUUUCCGACAUCAUAGAUUUCGUUUGUCGAAUUUCCGAGUACACCCGGGAAGUUGCAUCGCAUGUUUCAGGUACCACGGCAGAAGCUACAGGUCAAUCGGAUGCACUAAGAAUUGCACAACAAAAUGCAAAAGAGUUAUUGGAGAACUUUUCCAACAAUUAUUCUCUCGACCUGUUGAUCAAUUCAUUAAGUGAUUUCAGUGACCAAGUUCAAAGUGACGAACAACUUCGCGAUUAUCUUCGAGAACUUCAAGACUUUGUUCUCUCAUCCUUACAAUCUCACGAAUAUAUUCAACAGACAGACUACAACGAGCAUGGUUCUCGAUUGAUUGAAAGGGGUCGUCAUAUCUUGCUGGAAAAUUAUUAUGACACAAUAACGAACAUUACAAACGAGUUCCGAAAGUUCAAUGAAUCACUCCAAGAGGACAAGACCACCUUACGAUGGAAGCGCGAUUUCGAGAAUCUCGUCCAAGAUAUUUUCUUGGAUGAGAAGGGCCGACCGACUAUGAAGUUCGAGCUCAUUAAAGAUUGCGGAAAGAUUCUCACUCUCAUCGCCGAGAAGUUGAAAUUCUUCCCACUCCCACGAAUGGAAAAAACCAAAAACCAAAAUAACAAUAGCUACGAUGAUCAAUACGAGUACAUCUUCGAUAACAUCGUUUUACACGUGUCCGACAUCAUUCCAAAACAUUUGCACAUCAGCAUGACCUCCGACAUUAAUUUGGACCGUGAAGGCGAAGACGUGGUGAGGAACACCGCGCUGAUCGAAAUCUCCAAACUACGUGCUGACGCAAGAAAUAUUGCAUUCUUCUACAAGAAGAAAGGUGGCCUUAUAACCAUGAAGGAUGUCGGAUUAGUCGAUUUUGCGAUUCCAUCUGAUGGUCUCAGAAUCUGCAUCAAUAUCUUAUUAAGCAUGCCGACCGACAAGGAGACCACCCUUCGAUUGACCGUCUUAGAAGCCGAGACCAAUAUCAAAGAAUUGAAGAUUCGUUUGCAUGACACACGACACGACUUCCUGUACGUGUUCCUCACACCUCUAGUCGAAAAACGAUUGAAAAAACAGCUCGAGAACAUCAUCUCCGAUUACAUGAGGAAGUCGGUCGAAUACGUUCAAGAGAAUCUCAAUAAUAUUCAAAUAAAGGCUACCGAAACGUAUUGUCACUCGAAGGAAACUCAACUGCCUCGACCUACCGGUGAGAAACUGGAAAAUAGGAAAGCUUGGGAAAGCAAUGCAUUUGGGGUCACAAGAACGGAGGAAUAA